AACAAUAGAGAGAAGGAUUAUCAAAAUGGGGAAACCAGCUGGGUAUUGGGUGAAUAAGAUUAGGACAUCAUUCAAAGGAGGAUCAUCUUCGAGCAAAUCACUAGAUGAAGGAAGUGCUUCUGGUUCUAGAAAGAACGGUAGUAAGAAUCAGAAAACAGAGGAAGGCAAUAAGAAGGGUGAAGCUGAGAGUGGGAGGAAAGUGAUGGUUGUUGUGGACACAACUUCACAAUCAAAGAAUGCUCUUCAAUGGGCAUUAACACAAUGUGUUCAAGAUGAAGACAAUAUCACUCUCCUCCAUGUCACAAAAACACCUGUAGGGCAAGCUACAGAUGAGACACAAGGGCAGAGAAACUCAAGGGCUCAUGAACAAGUUCAUCCACUGAAGAAUUUUUGUCAGCUCAAGAAACCUAAUGUGAAGACGGAGAUAGUGGUGGUUGAAACGGCGGAGGAGAAAGGGAAGACGAUAGUGGAGGAAGCAAAGAAACAAGGAGCUGGAGUUUUGGUUUUAGGUCAGAGAAAAAGAACUUCGAAGUGGCGCGUGAUUUGGAAGUGGCGAGCAAAAGGAGGAAUAGGAGGCGGAGUGGUUGAGUAUUGUAUUCAUAACUCCGAGUGUAUGGCUAUUGCCGUGAGGAAGAAAAGUAACAACGGAGGUUACUUGAUCACCACGAAACGUCACAAAGACUUCUGGCUCUUGGCCUAAUU